AUGAAGGUCGCAACUACACCAGAUAUCAAAGUUAGUGUAGCGGAAGUAUGUGAGGUACGUGGUGCUGGUCUCGAAGCGCAUGAGCUGCUUUCUUUGGCAGCCGCUGCCGCUGAAAGUUUGCCUCCAUGUCCUAAAGGGACUGUGUUUGACACAGAGAAUGUCUUCAUUUCUAGUAGAGGAACAGUUGAGAUUAAAACUGUACCAGAGUCGAAAGUGGAUCCUUGCUUUGUCCCUCCAGAAUGGUCAAAAGGCGACGACGAUCCUGGAGCGGCAGCCGUUUAUUGUAUGGGAGCAGUACUUCGAGCAGCUGGAGCUGAGGAAGCGGCCGACGUUGAUUUGUUCUCUUUGGUGAAUAUCCUCACAGUGGUGAUGGUCGGAACGAGGCCUACAGCUCAUCGAAUGGGUUUAAUGGCAAAGAACCAAUUACGAGGUCGAGAUGCGAAAGUAUGUCUGAUCACCAUCUAUGAAGAAAUCAUGGGAGACGAGGAAACCAAUCAGCUAGAAGAUGGCGAUUAUUCGAUGGAUGACGAUGAAGAUAUUGAAAUGUUGUUGGGAAAUCCAUCGAAUGGCCGAUUAGCAAAUGGCGAUAUACCAACUGUGACAAUAACUAGCGUAUCCACCGUCGCACAACCGUCUGUAAAGAAAGCUGUCGAUUACUUCGAUGAAGACGAGGAGAUGGAAUCUCGUGCGCAUUCUGCUUCGACGUCAUCGGAUCGUAGCACACAAAAGGAUCCGUCGCCAUUCUUUGUGGAUGAUAAUGAUUCGAAGAAAGAUAAAAUGGGUCAACCUCAUUCAAUCUCUCCUCCUGUCACCAACGAGGAUCCUAUGAAUACAAUCGGUAGCCCAAGUGGACAUAGCACACGGUUAGAUGAAACCUAUAUAGAGGAACAUUCUAUAGAUCUAGAUGUUUCAUUUGAUAAACAUCUUGAGUCGAGUCAAAUCCAAGAAACGAAGCCUAUCCCGAACAACCGUAGGAGUAGUGAGGUGAAAAUUGUAAAAGAGAUGGCGGAAGUGGAAAAUCAGACGACCACGAAUAUCCAACAUGGCGACAGUUCAUUGCCCGGAAAGGAACGUUCCCUGGAUGAGGAGUCACUGACACGUGUCUCCGAGAGGAAGGAAAAGAUGCGGAAAUCCCCUCCAAACGUGAAUUCCAUUAUGGGAAAAUCAGAGACAUUCGAUGCCGACUUACCUCGUGCCCCUAGGCCCGAACCGAGGCCACACCAGCAGCUUUUGCACAAAUUUUCUUCUUCUGAUGAAGAUAUUGUACAAGCUCGUUUCGACGAAGACGAUGAGGUGCCGGUAGCUCCUAGACGAAGAAGUUACUUUGACGAGAUAGUUGAAGUAAGGGAAGAACAGUCAAAGUCUGAGUUGGACACUAGUUGGAAGCGACCAAGCAAGCCAGAACAACUUCCCACAUCCAACGCAACUACAUCUACGCCUGGUACAUCGCAAGCUGAAGAAUCUAAAUCGUCUCGACCAAAAGAAACCCCUGCUCGUGAGCUUUUCGAGGAGGAUGACGUUGCAAGUGAAAGAGAAGACCUUGAUCGUACUCACGUUGACGCAGUGGUGAUCACGAAGAAUCAACCAGAGCAUUCCGCAGCUCUGGAGUCAACGGAGGAUGAGACACCAAUCGAAGCGGCAUUCGGUGAUGCGAUUCGAGAACGACGACGCAGUAGUAUUCCACCUAUUGCUGAUGGUAUCCUGACGCCGCCCACACCAUCUCCACCCUCCACUCCAGCUGCUGUUGUAAGAAAUGACUCACCACACUUUGAACGACGAAAUUCGCUGGUCCCUGCUCGAAUCAGUGGCCGGCAAUCGAAUAGAAGUAUGCGAGGAAAGAGGAAGACUAGAGCAGUGCCGGAGUUUUACGACCAUUCACGACAUCCUAGCAUCCGAUUGAAAGCUCCAAGUGCCAAGAAGAAAAAGAUGACUAUUCUGAGAGUGGAACAAGCAGAUGUUCAAGUAGAACUGCUCAAUGGUCAGCGAGUCGAGGUUUCCUGUCGAAGUGAUGCCAUCGCUCGUGAUAUCUUCUCGUUAGUUGUUCAACACAUGAACAUCAAUGAACAUGUGUUCUUCGGCCUAAGUUUCAUGAAAGAUGGCGAACAUUUUUUCCUCGAAGAUCAUCAACGACUGGAGAAAUUUGCGCCACCCGGUUGGAAGAAUGCGCAUAAGAACGGAAUUCAAACACAAUUUGUUCUAUAUCUUCGAUUUCGGUUCUAUCCUCAAGUGCUAGACUUUAUUAAAACCGAUGUCACAAUGCACGAACUUUAUCUGCAAGUACGUCGCGACAUUAUCGAAGAACGAAUACAACCGCGUCGUGAUGCCGCUUACGAACUUGCCGCAUUGGCUUUGCAAGCGGAAUUCGGAAACAGACCACCACCAGUGAUUCACGAUUACUUCGACAACCAACACUAUCUCCCACAGCGAUAUUGUAUCAAUGAUGAUCCAAAACAUCUACAAUCCGUACUAUCCGAGAUGCAUGGUCAUUAUGCUGGUACGACAUCGCAAGACGCCGAACACAAAUUCAUUCAAAUAUGUCAACGACAUCGAGAUUUCGGCGCCCAUCUGCAUCGGGUAUUCCGAAACAAACCGAUUGGGACCCAUGGAGCGGCGCCAUUCGACCCAGACACAGGUGCUGCGCUAUGGAUAGCGAUAAUGCCGAGAGGCAUUGGGGUCUACGAAGAACAAGGUUCGGUCAGGGAAUUACUGGCUGAACAUUUGUGGCAGGACACACAAACGUUACAGUUUGACAGGAAGAAGUUUGUGAUCAUUGCUGUUGAGGGUAGCCAACAAACGGAAUCCAUUUUCUACACUGAUCACCACACUAAGAGCGCCUACUUUGUGAAGUUUUCCGCCUCUCAGCAUCGUUUCAUGAUGCGAAUGCGACAAUGGAAGUCAACUCUGAAACACGAAAGUACGAUUCAAGCGAUGCCCGACGUUUGCGUUGAAGGACGAGAUCCACCGAUUCCCGCUCAGCAAAGUGUCGACGAAUCCAUGGAAGAAGAGACAUCACCGCUGGAAGCUGCAGAAACUAUGUUUGCUAAGAUGCCAACAGCUACACCAGCCGUAGCACCAUCUCCGCCUACACCUGCACGACCACAUUCUCUCGACAUUGCGUCAAGAGAUCGCACAACAAUGGAAAAGAACAACAACCAGGAUUCUGUGAGCAAUUCUAUGGUUGAACGAUUCGAAACGGUGAAUCAUGUAGAUUCUACCGACGGCGAGUUCCCUGGAAUGCGAUUUGAGGUCACACUUGUUAAGGAUCCUUCAAGUGGUCUUGGUCUCACGCUCGUGGAUGGAAACCUAAACGGUGUUAAAGGUGUUUAUGUAAAGUCUGUGGCAGAGAAUGGAGCUGGCAUGCGGGCGGGUCUCUGCGUUGGCGAUCGCCUUGUGGGUGUUGACGGAAUGUCGCUGGAAGGUGGUGAUCGACAUCGAGCUGUAGAGCUUGUUCGAAAUUCUGGAGACUCCGUUCGCAUGGAGAUAGCCAGAUUGGACGGCGCUGUGCGACACGAAAAAAUUCGUAGUGCUGAUGCGGUCAAAAAGACGAGCAACUCAGGAUCGUCUGGAGUGCUGACAGUUACCUCACAAAAAGGCGUAUCACGAACACCUCCGGCUCCUAGACGAGCAGCUAAUCGUCGCCAGCGAGCUGUUUCAGACUUCGGCGCUAUUGGCGACACAUUACCAGCACUUGAUAGCGAUAACGUGAUCAACAUUAAAGCAAUUUCUGGGCUGCAUCUUGAUGAAUCUGAUGAUGAGCAAGGUGAAUACCGUCUACCGACCAGCUCAAUGUAUUCGUUUGAGAAUCAUUACGAUGACGACAGUCCGUCUUCCCCAUCUACAAAGACAUCUGAAACCGUAUCUCCAUCCGAGGUGUCACGCCACAGUGUUCCCGUUGCGGAUGGAAGGCGGAAGUAUCGCUAUGCUAGAAAAUCUAACCUAGAAUGGACAGACGAGCUCGAGGAAGUUGGUGAGGAAAACGAGACUGAAGAGGACAUCAUUAGUGUGGAUCUCGAACGCAAUUCUGUUGGUUCUCUUGGCGUCCAAAUUGCGUCCGUGAAUGGUCGGGUCUGCAUCAAACAGCUGACUGCAGAGCCGGCUUCGAGUCAUCCGGAUAUCCGCGUUGGAGACACAUUGGUUUAUGUCAACGGCGAACCGGUAACAAACAAAUCUCAUCAGGAAGUGGUUUCAAUGCUGCGAAGUGGUGGUAAUAUUGUGACAUUAGGCCUGAGGCGAGAACCUCAGAAGAAAGGCAACAUUAUUACCGCAGUACUCGAGAAGAAGCCUGAGGGAUCACUAGGUCUUUCACUUGCAAAGAGAACCGGAUCCGAUGGUAUUUUUAUUCGAAUGAUCGCUGCCAAUUCAGCAGCUGCGAUAGAAGGAAGUUUACGUGUUGGAGACCGUCUUCUCUCGCUUGACGGCGAAAGUGUUACUGAUUUGACGCCGACCGCAAUUCUAGAGCGACUCCGAGCUAUCCAAGGAGCUGUACACUUGCAGCGCGCAACCCUUGCACACGCGCCGCAUCCAGUUGCGCAGCGGUCGAAACCAAGACGAUUAGGGAGAGGAGAGCGGAAACGUACUUGA